UUUGCUCCGAGGCAACAACGUGGAUUCCGUGCGGUUCACUAGUGUAGUGUGUAAUAUUAGUGUUAUGUGUGACCGGUGUCUUCACUUUCUACAAUGCAGAUAUCUAGUGUGAAUGAUGUGAAGAUUUACAAUUUAAGCCACGGAAAGUCUCUUCCAGAGUGGCUGUCAGAUCGGAAGAAAAGACAGCUACAAAAGAAAGAUGCUGACAUCCAGCGUAGGAUUGAGCUCAUCCAGGACUUUGAGAUGCCCACAGUGUGCACCUCCAUCAAAGUGUCGAGAGAUGGGCAGUUCAUCCUGGCAGCAGGCACAUACAAGCCCAGGAUUCGCUGUUACGACACCUAUCAGCUGUCCCUGAAGUUUGAGCGCUGCCUGGAUUCAGAUGUUGUGGCCUUUGACAUCCUGUCUGAAGACUACUCUAAGUUGGUGUUUCUGCACUGUGACCGCUACGUAGAGUUCCACUCUCAGCAUGGACACUACUACAAGACGCGUAUUCCAAAAUUUGGACGAGACUUUUCUUACCACUACCCCUCCUGUGAUCUCUAUUUUGUGGGGACAAGUUCAGAGGUCUUCAGACUGAAUCUGGAACAAGGGCGCUUCCUCAGCUCACUCCAGACUGAUGCUGUGGAGAACAAUGUGUGUGACAUCAACCCCGUCCAUCAUUUGCUUGCCACAGGAACCUCUGAGGGGAGGGUGGAAUGCUGGGACCCUCGUGUCCGGAACAGAGUGGGCAUGCUGGACUGCGCCCUGAGCAGCCUCGCUGAAGGAACAGAAGUUCAAGGUUUGCCCUCAGUCAGUGCGCUGAAGUUUAAUGGCUCCCUCACCAUGGCAGUAGGCACCAGCACAGGACAGGUGCUGCUGUAUGACCUGCGCUCCAGCCAGCCACUCCUGGUUAAGGACCACUUCUACAACCUGCCAAUCAAGUCACUCAACUUCCACGAUCAGCUGGACCUGGUUGUGUCUGCUGACUCCAAAAUUAUAAAAAUCUGGAACAAAGACAGCGGCAAAGUGUUUUCCUCCAUACAGCCUCAAACCAACAUUAAUGAUGUGUGCAUCUACCCUCAUUCAGGUAUGCUCUUUACUGCCAAUGAAGAUCCCAAGAUGAACACAUUCUACAUACCGGCUCUGGGCCCUGCACCUCGGUGGUGCUCCUUCCUUGACAACCUGACAGAGGAGCUGGAGGAGAGCCCAGAAAGCACAGUGUACGAUGACUACAAGUUUGUCACCCGGAAGGACCUGGAAAACCUGGGUUUGUCUCACCUGGUGGGAUCAUCUCUGCUGAAAGCCUACAUGCACGGCUAUUUCAUGGACGUAAGGCUUUAUCACAAGAUCAAAAGCAUGGCUAAUCCCUUCGCAUACGAGGAAUAUCGCAAAGAUAAGAUCCGCCAGAAGAUUGAGGAGUCCAGGACUCAGAGGGUGCAGGUUAAGAAGUUGCCCAAGGUGAACAAGGACCUGGCUCUCAAGCUGAUGGAGGAGGGUGAUGAUGAAGCACAGCUAGCAUCGAGGAAAAAGAGGGGCAAGGCUCUCCCCACCAUCCUGGGCGACGACCGUUUCAAGAUGAUGUUCGAAAACCCCGACUACCAGGUAGACGAGCAGAGCGAGGAGUUCCGCCUGCUCAACCCCAUCGUUUCCAAGGUUGGACAGAAGAGGAAGAAGAAGCUGCGUCUACUGGCUCAGCAGGCUGCGGCUGCCCAGCAGGCGGCUGAGGACGAGGAGGAGCCCGAGGGGCGAGCCAGCUCUGAGGAGGAGAGCUCGGACGACGACAAGAGCUGGGUGGAGGAGGUGAGGGAGCAGCGGAGGUUGCUGCGGCAGGAGGACAGAGACCGCCGGCGGCAGAAGAGGAAGGACGCAGACCGCAACACUGUCCUACUGGAGAAGGAGCGGAACGGAGGAGAGAAAACCUCAAACAUGGCUGAGAGCAAGAAGACAAGUCAGCCUCAUUUUUAUCAGAUCAAAGCCGGGGAGGAGUUCAGAAGUUUUAAUGACAUGGCCCGCAAGCAGAAACUACAGAAGGCUUCUCUGGAGGACCGUCUGAAGUUGGAGGAGCACUCUGGAACUAGCAACAUGGCCGACACUGCAGUGGGCAGCAAACAACUAACUUUCACUCUCAAAAAGUCGGAGCAGCAGAAGAAGCAGCAGCAGGCAGAGCGGGAGCACCACGAGGAGAGGAAGAAGCUGAGGCGCUCGGCCGGACACCUGAGUAGUGGCCGUGGAAGAGGCUGGGGCAGAGGAAGAGGAAGAGGAAGAAGCUUGCACUGAGGAGGGAAGCCCAGUCCGCUCUGGGGCCUCCGUCCUGGAUGGGCAACAGAGGCAUUUCCUGGCAAACUCCUCAUCUAAAAGAAUCAAAGUUUAGUCGUUUCUUCCGUUAACUCAAGGCUGACAGAGUCUUCAAGUGCUGAAGACUGCUGCUUUUAAACUCUAGGGAUAUUCUAGGGAGACACAAGGCAGAGACUGACACUGAUGAGCAGACGAGCGUGACCUGCUCCUGGGUGGUCUGAGCAAUGUGUUUAGCUGCUCUCUGCAAAUCAAAAAAGAUUACUUAUGUUGCUGCCUGCGUGCAUAUAAUGCUUAUGCCAUUAUUGAAAAGUACCUUGACUGUAAACUUGUGUUUGGAGGGGUGGCCCCAGAAGGAAUUAGAGAUAUGAAGAGCUGAAAGGACUUGACAUGACCUGCCUUGUCUCAGACGUCUAGUUUCUUAUUGCUGCUCCUCACUGGAGCCUAUUUCAUUUAAUGGAUCGGAGAAAAGAUGUGUGUAAAAUGAUCGUUUUCUUUUUAUUGUAUAUUGUUAAACCAACACUGGAUUAACAACCCUUGUGCUUGCUGAAAAUCAAAAUACACCAUUUUCUACUGAGCACCAGAAUGAAUUUAAAAUGUGUAGCCACUCAGUCAAACCAGAGCGUGCUUCCUUUGCAGCAGAUUACUAUCCACUUGCGUCAGAAGAAAGAGGAGGGGAGGAAAAAGUUUUUUUUUUUCCUUUACCCCACCAACAACUGCAGUUCUUGGAAAUAGAAGGACUGCUUGGGUGUCCUCCCCAUCCCCCAGUGUAGUGUGCUGAUGGUGUGAACUCCCUCUGCUCCUGCAUUGGCCCGUUUCAAAUGGGAGGGAGGUGCGUCUCAGCCCUCAGCAUGCCAAACUGUCCCCCAGGCUCAUUUGAACUAAUUUGGUGUCACCAUGCUUUUUCACCAAGAGCCAUCUGGCAGGGUUUGUGCAGUGGUGGAAGAGGUAUUCAGGCCCUUAACUUUAGUAAAAGUACCAGUGCAGCAAUGUAUAAAUAAUUCAUUACCAGCAAAAGUCCUGUAUGUAAAAUCAAAAUAGUAAAAGUAGAUUUUUUUUUUUUUGUAUUUUAAGUAUAACAUAAAAGUCCUGGUUUCUGAUAUUAAUACGGAAGUUAUUUUGCAGAGUCGGACGAUUGACUCAUAAAACUCUCAUAUCUUUACGGUAAAUAUGAAGUCAUAGAGCUGGCAGCCAGUUAGCUGAGCUUAGCAUUAAGACUGGAAAUGGGGAAACAGCUAUUCCGACUCAGUCCGUAUAUGUCAUUUGUUCAAUACAUACAAAAAACAAAAUUAAUGUAAAAAAAAAAGACAGGGGUCUAUGUGCCGGGUCUAUGGGUCUAUGGACUAUUUCUUGUCUGAGAGAAAUGGAGCCGCAUAUAACCCCACCAUAAAACAGCUAAUUGUAUGGAUCACAUUAAUUUUAUAUAAUUUGUUAAUUAAUACGCUUUACAGGUGUUUAGUAGGUGGAACUGUUACCUUUGGACAGAGCUGGUUUCCUGUCUUUAUGCUAAGCUAAGCUAACCAGUUAUAUUCAUCUCCUCAUCUAAUAAACAGCCACAAAGCAAAUAAGUGUAUUUCCCCAAACAAACUAUUUCUUUAAUCUUGUACAUUAACUGGCAUGAUGACAUCCUAACCCUGACACUUAACAUACUUUCAAAACGAAAUUCAUUGCUUAUGAUUUCGUUCAGGUGUACACAACAAAGGGGAGACACACCAUGGAUUACAGUUAAUAACGAAUCUUUUUAGUGGACCAAUCAAAUGUUCACAUGGGGUGUGCUAAUCAGUAAUGUGAGCGAUGUGUGGUGUACGUGAUUGAAAGAUGUGGGUGUUUGUAAGGUGCAAAACAAAAAUAAGGAUAAACUAAGAUAACGUAACCAAAGCUAAGACGCAGGGUUAAUGUCCAGAGAGUUAGUCUGCAGCCAAGAAUAAUGUCAGAACGCCACAUAAAACAAAAAUGAGUACUAUUAGGAGAUUAACAAACAUGUCAUUUUCCAGACUCCAGGACUGGUAAAGAGAUGCUUUGAGCGAGCCAAUCUGCAGUGUCUAAAUCUUUGAUAUUUUAAAUGUCCAACCCUGGGGCUGGAGGAACAUGGCUGGCCUCAGAAUGCAGGAAAGUGAGGCCUAUGGUCAAUAUGAUAUGAAAUAUGACCGUUGAACCAAAGCACACAUCAGGAUGUGUUGGCCAAAAUGAGCAACAAAGCUCAUCACAAGUGUCCAAAGCAAAGUCAACGCCCUACCCACACAAAACUCCAGCUACCGCUGGAGUUAACACGUAGCAUGACACCAAAGUUUUACACCCACAGGUUCUUCUAAACAAAAGGCUCACUAGCAAACCAAAUUGCCCCAAGGCACCAAAACAGAGGGAACCCAGCUUCAACUAUGCUCACACGAAACAAAGCAUGAGCUGCCGUGCUUAAAAACCGAUACCACGUUGAAACAUGCAACAACAGAUGAGGUAGACUACUUCCUCACUGCACUGAUUCUUGAUCCUCACUUACCUAACCAAAUUGUGCUAUAAUGCCUAGACAUCCCGAGGCGUACCAGGAUCAAGUUCACAUGUUAUCAGACAACAGGUAUAGAUUUUACAAUACCAGCCAUUGAAUGUUUAAAAUCAUAAACCUAUAGACAAAGUUUGAAUCCAGGCUCUCCAACCCUAUCUCACUAAUUCCACUUUCUAUUCAACUAGUUUCGGCCCUAGUCUAACCCUAACCCUUCCACCAGAGCUAAAAGGCAACCAGAAGCUGGCAACCCGCUACAAACCUAGGGAAAUGCUCCCAAGACAUCGUCUUCACCCACAUUCUCCACCAAACUGAAGUGACAACGACAAACUGGUUGGUCUCCUGUUGAGAGUGACCACUUCAGCCUGCAAAGGGGAAGCUCGGCUUCUACAAAACUCAAAUGUAGCUCUUCUUACCCCAAGGGUGUGCACGAUAAAACAAACCAAAACUAGUUUAGAGACAAAUGCUGCUCCCUUACAACAUCCACCAAAAGAUAACGUAACCAAACCCAGGAUGUGGAGAGGUGCAGAGGGAGUGGUUCAUCUGCAGCCAAAAGUUAUGCAAACCUGAAAACACUGGGCACCUCAGGUGUUCCAGAUACACCAAUAAACUACCUGCAGAACAAUCCGAACCCCAGGAGGAGCUCAUCUGUCAUCACACUAGGAUGAACAUGAAGCUUUUAACCCCAGUAUUUGUUUAGAGAUUUCUAUCAGUAGAAAGUGUGUUACUGAGGCUAGACGACACAGCUCCAUCCUAGUUUACUCCUUCCUGCUGGGAAACCAGUGACACUGCCCCAGUGUAGAAGAAAUCAUAAUUUAGCUGUGUCAUCUGGUGUAGUUCUUUAGUCUGGGUUCCAGGCAAAUCGCCCCUUUUUUCUCUCACAAUGCUUUGACUUCACCAUGACAACUGGCAAUCAGGCCACAGGAAGUGGGUCAACCAAAGCUGUCACAAAGAAUAAGGAAACAUACUGAAUUUCCACAGAAAAUCCAGAGAUGUGCUAUAAUAUUCUGUAAGCCUCAUAACCCAAACCAUUACGUAGACCUACAGAUUUCUGUCUUGCAGAAUUUCUCAAGCAGCAGCCAUGUUUUCACUUGAAAUGAUCAAACAGCUCGGUCGCAGUAGGACAUUAGGAUAGAGCGCAAUACAGAAUCAGUGUGUUUCAGAUUUAAUUAUAAACACAGAAGAAGUGAAAACCAAGCAUCCUUUAAUGUGACUGAAUCAAAGCAUGCAGUAUCUGAUGAAGGUUUGUGGUUCCAUCAUAGAGUCACUCCCUGUUUCCUCAGAUCACAAUUAGUGAGCAAGUGUGUCGAUGACUCUGGAUAAUCAACAGUGGGCACUGUCAACAGGUUUCGUAGGGACUAAUAACAUAAACUAUCAUAAUUAUAAGUAACUGGAGAGAAAACUUCUUUCGUAAUCCACUUAACAUCAUAAACCCCUUAAAUAUAAAAGCAACUUGUACUUUUUACCCAGAAAAACGGCAGCUCCUCCAUUUACUCGGAUUUAUUAUUAUAUUAUUAAAUUGGCUGCGACAUUGACAGCCAACAUUUCUUCUAUGUAUAUGCUUUUGGACUCCACUGUAUGUACAUGACUUGUCUUUUUUCCUUCAUUCACAUAUUCACACAUUUGAGCCUCACUUGAAUAUGCAAAUAUGAAGAAACAAUAAUGUGUAUUUAAACCUCAUAUACAUAUUGUAAAAGUUUGAAGAUAGAUAGCCUGCAGAAGUGUAUCUUGUAAACUUUUGAGUGUGUAUUGACAUGAGAAUCCUUGAAAACACAAACCUUAUUUGAGCUCAAACGUACAGUGUUUGCUCAAAGGAUAGAAUGAUACCUUUUCAAACUGACUUGGCUGACUGAGCUUGACUCACUUGUACACUUAAUUUGACUCACUUAUGUAAGUAUCAGCAUAGCCCUUAAUCUCCAUGUAUCUGCAUAGUGUAAAUAAUGUAGAUGUAGAUAAUUUAACUUCCUUUUAAAAGUCGUUGCCACCUUAAGUAAGGUAUAAAAUAUGUUGCUAGUCAUCUAAGAUACAUACCAUGCUACCACAAUGUCAUGGUUUGACUUAGGAGUUUUGCAGUAUAUCAUUCCCUUAUAAAGGCAAAAAUGGCACAGAGCUAAGAUCACACAGCAGCAUGUCAGUGGGGAUAAUGAUGCCACAGUGCUACACUACAUACCAUAAGUUUCUGGAAAAAUUCUCAAAUAAACUUCUGUCCAAUU